CAGGGGGAUAAAUUUUCGCCUAUGACUUGAAUUUAAUGUCAGUCCUUUGAUAGCUGUGCAAUUCCUCCAUUUAUGAGAACAACAUGCAAAUCAUAAAAUCCCUUGAAUGGUUGGUAUUAUUUUACAAAGUGAUGUGACAUAUUUUAAAAGGCAACAACGAUAGUCCGAUGAACCUAUUGAAGAGAAACCCAACACACCACCAAACUCACUGGAUGGUAAUGAAUGCACAUGAUUCACCUGCUCUUGGUUUAUGUGCAUCUCUCUGCCAUUUUCAGAUUUGCAGAUACAUUUCAUGGCAGUUUGACUUGAUAUUCCAUGCUAAUUAUAAUAUCAUAGGCCGAGUUGGUGUUGCUUUCAGCAGCCAUGGAGAUUCAAUCAACUGCACCACCUGUACAGGCUUCAAUCAGUCCUCUCAGCCAAACUUUGUGGAAGAACACAGCCAAUGCAGCAGAGAUAGGAUCUCUUUCUGCAUAUCUAACAUGGGUCGACUUGACUGUUACUGCAACAGAUGCCAAAGGGGACUCAAAGAGGCUGCUGAGAGGAUUGACUGGAUAUGCAGAGCCUGGACAUAUUAUGGCUGUAAUGGGGCCUUCUGGAUCAGGAAAAUCCACCCUUAUUGAUUCCUUGGCAGGGAGACUGGCGAAGAAUGCGGUGAUGUCUGGGAAAAUUCUAGUCAAUGGGCGAAAGAGAAAGCUCACUUAUGGAUCAGCUGCAUAUGUGACUCAGGAAGAUGUUUUGAUCGGAACAUUGACAGUGAGGGAAUCAAUCUAUUACUCUGCCAAUCUGAGGCUUUCUAAUAAAUUGUCUAGGGAAGAAAAAAAGGCCAUAGUUGAAGAUACUAUUUUAGAGAUGGGCCUGCAAGAUUGUGCAGACCGACCUAUCGGCAACUGGCAUCUGAGAGGCAUAAGCGGAGGAGAAAAGAGAAGAGUUAGCAUUGCCUUGGAGAUAUUGAUGCGUCCUCGCCUUCUCUUCCUUGAUGAGCCCACAAGUGGAUUAGAUAGUGCUUCUGCAUUUUUUGUGGUGGAAGCUCUCAGGAACUUAGCACUAGAUGGCAGAACUGUGAUAGCUUCCAUCCAUCAACCCAGCAGUGAAGUGUUUGAACUUUUUGACCAGUUGUGCCUUCUUUCCUCUGGACAAGCUGUAUAUUUUGGUGAUGCAAAAAUGGCCCAGGAGUUUUUUGCACAAGUAGGCUUCACUUGUCCAAGAAAUCGAAACCCAGCCGAUCAUUUCCUUCGUUGCAUUAAUGCGGAUUUUGAUAAAGUGAAAGAUGUACUCAGGGGAUCCUUCAGACUGACUGAGAUAAUGGAUGAGGUAGCAGAAAAAGACCCUCUACUCAAGAUAAAUUCUACUCAAGCUAUAAGAAUCUUGACUGAUGCUUACCAGUCAUCUGAGUAUGCUAUGAUAGCUGCAGCAAAGGUUCAUGAAAUCUCACAGACUAAAGGAACAGUUAUAGAAUCCAAAGGCAGUCAGGCUUCCUUCUGGGUGCAAUGCAUAGCUUUGACUACAAGAUCCUUUAUUAAUAUGACCAGAGAUAUUGGUUAUUAUUGGUUGAGAGUAAUAAUAUAUAUUUUGGUGGCACUUUGCGUUGGAACCAUCUAUUUUGAUGUUGGAACUGGAUACACAGCCAUCCUGGCUAGAAGCUCCUGUGGUGCCUUUGUAUCUGGUUUCAUGACCUUCAUGUCAAUUGGAGGGUUUCCUUCAUUCAUAGAGGAUAUGAAGGUAUUCCACCGGGAAAGGCUCAAUGGACACUACGGAGUUGCAGUAUUUGUCAUUGCAAACUUUUUAUCUUCGUUUCCAUAUUUAGUAAUGGUGGCAGGCUUUUCUGGAACCAUUGUCUAUUACAUGGUGAAGCUGCAUCCAGGCUUUAUCCACUAUGCAUACUUCAUUCUGGAUCUCUUUGGAACCAUUGCUGUGGUAGAAAGCCUCAUGAUGGUCGUGGCUUCUUUGGUCCCCAACUUCCUGAUGGGGAUAGUAACAGGAGCUGGUAUCAUGGGAAUUAUGAUGAUGACUUCUGGGUUCUUUCGUCUAUUAAAUGACCUUCCUAAGCCUGUCUGGCGCUAUCCAAUAUCCUACAUAAGUUAUGGUUCAUGGGGUUUGCAGGGUAGCUACAAAAAUGACUUCCUUGGCCUUGAAUUCGAUUCACUAGUACCUGGAGGCAUGAAACUUAACGGCGAGUACAUAAUUGAGAACGUGUUUGACUUGAGCCUGAAUCGUUCUAAGUGGUGGGACUUGGCCAUAGUUUUCCUCAAUAUAGCAGUAUACAGACUCCUGUUUUUGGUUAUAUUGAAAUUUAACGAAAAAAUCACUCCUUUUAUUCGUGGAUUAUUCAACAAGUAUGCUGUAAAACGCCUAAAAAGAAUGCCAUCACUUACAUCUCAAGCGCCUCCCCUGUCUGCCCAAACCCAAAACUUUUCUCCAUUCCGCUCCCCCUUUCGCUAAAUGAGUGAGCAUGAGCAUUGAGAGUAUAUUUUAGAUAUUUUUUAUUUAUUUUUAGCGUUUGCUCAAAUAUCUUAAAAAUAAAGCUGGAACAAAUGAAUUGUUGAUGCAUCAGAUAACAAUGUAACCUUUCAAUAUUGAUAUUUUCACAAUCCAAGCCCCUGCAGGUUUGCAAAGAUGGAAAAUUGUUUGGACACCAUUAUUAUGUAAACAAGCAAACCUUACGUUUGUUUUAUGCAUCAGGAUACUGUGUAUUAUGUAUCAGGAUACUAUAUUUGUAAAAUAUCAUGGCGUUAAAGUUUCUAAAAUCCUCUCUGAGCAGUGGUAAAUUCAGUCUUACUUUAUUUGAACAUCAUCUGGUUCAACGGUCAAACAGUUAUUUACAAUUUUAUAUUUUUUUUAAUAUUAAAAAGUGGUAAAUAUUGGACCUA